AUGCAGCUGCAACGCAUUAUACCCGCAACCCAGACCGCGAUUGUCCAGCAUGAGGGAGGAGUGCUCAAGGCGACGCCCGGCCUGCCCGUUCAAACAGUCGGUCCCUCGGAUAUACUCGUCCAAGUAAAGGUCGUGGGCUUGAAUCCUUGCGAUUUCAAGAUGCCCCUUCGUUUUCCCACGCCUGACCUCUGGGACGGAUGUGAUUAUGCGGGCACCGUCGUUCAGGUGGGCGACGAAGUAGCCAAAGCAGGGCGCUUUAAUGUUGGCGAUCGCGUUACUGGUGGUGUGCAAGGCUCCAACCGAGCAGAUCCCACAACGGGAGCAUACUGCGAGUAUCUCAAGGUGAAUUCGGUGUUUGCUCUGCAUAUACCGGAGAGCAUGUCCUUCCAAGAUGCUCUCGGUGUAUCUGGCUCUGGAAUAUCAACGCUUGGGAUUGCAUUCUUCUGGUCGCUCCAAAUCCCGGGCAGUCUUCGUCAACCUGCAAGCAAGCCCCAUGAUAUUCUCAUAUACGGUGGGGAGCAGCACUGUCGGAUUACUGGGUGCGGCCAUCGGGUUAUCACAACCUGUUCACCUCACAACUUCGACUUAGUGCGGUCCUACGGGGCGGACCUGGUUUUCGACUAUCACCUGCCGUCCUGCGCAAAGGACAUCCGCGCCGCCACCAAGAACUCGCUCCGCUAUGUCCUUGACCCAUUCUCCGAGAUCAAGACACUUCGUCUCUGCCAUGAAGCGAUCGGGCGGAUGGGCGGAAAAUACUGUGCUUUGGAACAAUACCAACCAGAUCUGUGUGUUCGGAAGACAGUGAAACACGAGCUGAUCAUGGCUGGUGCCAUAUCAGGCAAAGGCGUUGAUCUUCCCGAGCCUUACUCUGUUCCUCCAAACCCUGAGAUUGGGGAAUGGGCUUCCACCUGGUAUCCUGUUGUGGAUAAGUUGGUCCAGACUGGGAAACUUCGGCCUGUUCCGGUGGAGGAAAUCCAGCCAGGGGGCUUUCAGGGGAUUCUGGCGGGCCUUGAAGUCCUGAAAAAGGGCGUCUCAGGACGAAAGCUAGUUGUGACCAUAAAGGAGGACUGA